AUGCCAUCCACACUAUUAACCUCAACUAUUAACUCACCAAGUAGUCCAUUGGAUAUCGAUUUAAGUACAGUUACUACACUUAGUUUAGAUAUUAUUAAUCUUAGUAAUGAACAAAUUUUAAAUUCAAAUUUGGUUACCAAAAGUAUUGGCGAGGAUAGACAAGAGAAAUUUACAUGCAAUUUCCAAGGUUGUGGAAAAUCAUUUUCAACCAUUGCCAUUUUCAAAAGACAUUUGAAAGAGCACACAGGAAGUAAGCCAUUUGUUUGCACAGAAGAGGGAUGCACCAAAAGAUUUUCUAGAAAAUUCGAUCUCAAAGUUCAUCUUAGAUCACACACUGGUGAAAAACCAUAUCCAUGUACCUUCCCUGGUUGUUCUAAAAAGUUUGCACGUUCAUCUGAUUUAAGAUUACACCAAAGAAUUCAUUCGGGCGAAAAACCUUUUGCUUGUGACUGCGAGGGUUGCUCUAAAAGAUUCAUUCGUCAAGCUGACCUUAAAAAGCAUAAAAAAACUCAUCAAGUCCAAGACAGUAACCAUCCACAUCGUCACGAAUUGGGUUGUGGUCACACCGCUAUUGCUCACGAUGGUCAUAUUGACUUUUUACACGAUAAACACUUGCAUUCAGUGCAUCAGGAUCAUAUUGAUGAUCAUAGUAUAGGUGUUACAGAAACAAAUCCCUCAAAUUGUACUCCCUCCUUUGUAUGUAGCCACCACCCAGAUGGUUCUUCUCAUUCAUUAGAUUGUGGUCAUGAAAUUGUUCCACAUUUUGAUCACUAUGACUUUUUAGUCGAUGGACAUCUACAUCAUGUUCAUGACGGCCAUUGUGAUAACCAUGGUUGGGUUGAAGUAAUUAAAAAUAAUAGUAAUUAA